ACGCAGCUGACUAGAGACUCGAGUCAUAUGAUUUUCAGUCAGGAAACUCCGCAGUUGCUGCAGAGAUGGAGCUGCUGCUUAGACAACAUGUUAUCCCGCUGCUUUUCCUGCUGACUUUGGGUUCAGGUGCAGUUAUAAAGCAAUCAAAAGAGCAGAAAGAAGCAUGGGGGUAUGUAACAGUCAGAAGCAAUGCACACAUGUUCUGGUGGCUCUACUAUGCAAACAACUCUGCCAAAAAUUUCACGGAAUUACCUCUCAUUAUGUGGCUUCAGGGAGGUCCAGGAGCUUCAGGCUGUGGAUUUGGGAACUUUGAAGAAAUUGGUCCCUUGGAUGCAGAACUGAAACCAAGAAAUACAACCUGGCUGCAGGCAGCCAGUGUACUGUUUGUCGAUAAUCCCGUUGGCACUGGAUUCAGUUACACAAAUGAUAGUAAUGCAUUUGCAAAAGAUCUCUCCACUGUAUCUUCCGAUAUGCUGGUUCUUCUUAAAGAAUUCUUCAGGUUGAUGAAAGAAUUCCAGACUAUUCCAUUCUACAUCUUCUCAGAAUCUUAUGGAGGAAAAAUGGCAGCUGGAAUCGCUUUAGAGUUGUAUAAGGCUAUUCACGAUGGGAGCAUAGAGUGCAAUUUUGCUGGGGCUGCUCUCGGAGAUUCAUGGAUUUCUCCUGUAGAUUCUGUGCUUUCCUGGGGGCCAUACCUUUACAGCACUUCUCUCCUUGAUGAUCAAGGUCUAGUGGAGGUGACUGCUGCUGCCAAAAAGGUCAUGAAUGCAGUGAAUAAAGGGCAAUACACACUGGCCACUGAGCUCUGGAGUCAAACCGAGGAAGUAAUUGAACAGAACACGGACAACGUGAAUUUCUAUAACAUCCUAGCCAAGAAGUCCCCAGAUCUCAAAGCCUCGAAACAUGAAAAUAUCCAUCUUAUUAAACUUUACCAGCGCCAUGUCGAACGUCUGCAUAAGGACAGCUUAAGUGACCUGAUGAAUGGACCCAUCCGAAAGAAGCUGAGAAGCAUUCCUGACUCUGUCACAUGGGGAGGUCAGUCAGAAGAAGUCUUCUUACACAUGGCUGAAGACUUCAUGAAGCCUGUCAUUCAUAUUGUGGAUGCGCUGCUGGCAGCCAAUGUCAACGUUACUGUCUAUAACGGACAGCUGGAUCUCAUUGUGGACACCAUGGGCCAGGAGGCGUGGGUUCGGAAACUGAAAUGGCCUAAACUGAAGCAGUUCAGCCAACAAAAAUGGAAGGCUCUAUAUGUAUCUCCAGAAUCCCCUGAGACAGCUGCUUUCCAUAAGUCCUAUGAAAACUUGGCCUUCUACUGGAUUCUAAAGGCUGGGCACAUGGUACCAUCCGAUCAAGGGGACAUGGCGUUGAAAAUGGUCAGGAUGGUGACACAACAAAAACACUGGUGAAAUGGAUGCCGGCUGGCAUGGUUUUCAUAUACAACUCCGGUGUAUUAGCAGAACUUGUGCCACAGACUGGACUUCAGAAGGAACAAUCACUAUUUGGAAAUUUAGCCUCUUUGGUAAUGUGCAAGGCAUUUAAGGAGAUGCAUGGUUUAUUCUUAAAUGAAAUGCUACCUUUGAAUUUGUAAACUGUGAUUCUCUGCCUCAAUACUGCUCACACUGACUUUUCCUGUGGGAACUUCACUCUGAUAAAUAACACUCAGAUGCUUCUUUGAGAAUUUCCCAAAUGUUCUUUGUCUGUUUAUGCACCAAUAUUAAGAUGAGUUUGCUGCUCUAAAGAUUCAACCUCAGCCAGCAAGCCUGCUUCCAAAGCUGUGGAUGUUUUUUCCUUAACGGAUGACUUUUUGCAUCUGCAUCAGACACCAUUGCUUUCUGUCAAGACACUGCAGAGUGGCUGUGCUAGGACUUCAUUUUGAAUCCAGAUCCAGUUUGAACACACACCUCAGUCCAUACUGAACCACUUUUUCUACUCUUGAGCCUCCUUUUCCAUGUGCAUUAUCCAAGAUUUGUUUUUUAAUGCACUCAGUGCCACACAACCAUCACUCAGUAAAACCUUCUUUUCCCCAUUAUUCAAACAGGAAGGCAUGGAUACUUAAUAUGAGAAUAAACACUGUGCCAAUACUUUCUCUUCAUAGAAUGAGCCAAAGUUCUAAUGGCUAAGAGCUGCUGGGCUUCUGGCCUCCACCCAGAAAGUGAAAAGGAGGUUAGUUAAGCGAUAAGGAGGAGGCAUAAGUCAGAACAAAUACCCCAUCCAUAUUUUUCUAGAUCUUGGAUUGAGUCUCACAGUGAGCUAUUGGCUUUGCAAUUUGAAGUGGGAAUUCUUUAUAAAGUAUACGUAUCCCAGUUCCCCAGUGAAAACAAUCACACAAAUGAGGUAUCUGAAUCACUUCUUUCCUGUUGUGCAACUGCAAUCCUCUUUGAAAAUGACCCCUUUUAUCAACACUCAGGCAGCUUGUGCCAGUUGUCAGACUCCUAAAUAAAUAGCAAACAGCCCUGUGCUUCCCCACAUAUGAAACUUAAGAGUAUUAGCGUAGCAGCUAUUUUGCAGUGUAGUGCUAUGUAAAGACAUGUCCACGAACUCUGCUGUUAGAGCAGCAAUAAGCUGAAACUGCGCUAUGGGGAACUUUGGCAAUGCACAAAUAAGCUGCCUUUCCAAUAAACCAGUGGAUCUCACUUAAAUGCUGCACCUUGUGGAAUCAAGUUGAUUUGAUGCCUAAAAACGUGUACUUCUAUGGUCUGGCUUUGGGGAAUAAAACCCUAAGUGCUAAAGAAUGAAUCCAGUAGUUACAUCUGUGCUGAUCUAUAUAUUGAUCCUGCUCUUGUCACAUUUUUAACAUGUUCUUGAAGCCAAAUAAAAGCCUAUGUUGUAAUGGA